AUGGAUCCACGUCGCCGCCGACCGUCAACGUCGCACACGACAGGGUCGGCUACAAACCAACAAACAACCACCUCCUACCUGACGACCGCCACGGGCAAUCAAAGAACAUCGUAUCAAAAGACUUCAUACGAGACACGUCCCACCACUGCCAGCACCAGCACGUCAAAUCGUCUUUACGGAUACAAUGAUACCACGACAGCAUCAGUGUCGCGCCCUCGCACUGGCCGGCGAAGUACUGGCAGACCAGGCACCGCCGCUACAGCAAGACCACGCACUGGCUACUCCACGCUUGCCGUCGAGAACCAAGAGAUCGCUUGCGCUGUUGCCGAAUCGCGAGGUGUCUCACCCUCGGUCGGUCUUGCGUUCAUCAAUCUCGACACCGGUGAAGCUGUCCUGAGCCAGCUGAACGACACGCAGACCUAUGUCAAGACGGUGCACAAGCUCAUCGUGUACAAUCCAUCGCACAUCUGUAUGGUGCAGUCGGCUGCCCAUCCGAAGUCGAAAUUGUUCUCGGUGCUUGAGGAAGAAGUGCUAAAUGGGGAUGACAUCGAGAGCCAGAUCACACUCCUGGAUCGGAAGUAUUGGAACGAAGGGACUGGUCUUGAAUACAUUGAACAACUCGCUUUUCAUGAAGAUGUCGAGUCGAUCAAGACUGCCGUCACUGGCAACUACUUCGCAGUGUGCUGCUUUGCUGCAGCACUCAAGUAUACUGAGCUGGGGAUGGCGAAAACAUUCCCUCUGCAUUCCCUUCGCAUCAAGUAUGAGCCAGCUGACGGCUCUAUGAUGAUUGACCUAUCCACGAUCAAGUCACUGGAGCUUGUGCAGAAUCUACAAAUGCCGAAGUCUCGUGACUGCCUCUUUGGACUCCUAAACGAGACACAGACGCCCAUGGGCAUGCGUAUGCUCCGAAGCAACAUCCUGCAGCCAAACACGGAUGCAGAAACGCUGGCCGGCCGAUACGAUGCGGUUGAAGAACUCAGCACUAAAGAACAGUUGUUCUUCUCUGUUCGGGCGGGCCUGAAACCAUUCCUUGACCUGGACAAGAUUUUGACUCAGCUCAUUCUUGUCCCGAUCCAGGAGAGUCUGCCAGACGUGCAGCAAAGCAUCAACAAUGUCAUUAUGCUCAAGCACGCUGUUCUAUUGGUGAAGCCUGUCUGGGAGGCACUGACGGGUGCACGUUCUCCGAUGCUACUGACCAUCCAGACCAAUUGUGCAUCGGAGAACACAGUUACCGUCCAGGAGCUUAUCAACAACACGAUCAACGAAGAUACAACCUACGCCAAGCAACCUCUGGACUUUCGCAACCAGCGCACGUAUGCCGUCAAGUCUGGUGUCAACGGUUUGCUCGAUGUGGCUCGUCAGACGUAUAAGGAGUCAAUGACCGAUGCUUUGCAGCAUAUCAGUGACCUUGCUGAGGAACACAACUUGCCUCUGCAGACCAAGUUCGACAACGUGCGCCAAUUCUAUCUCCGGCUAUCAGCAGACGAGCUCCAAGACCGCAAUCUACCUGCCAUCUUCGUCAACGUGUACCGCAAGAAAGACAUCAUUGAGUGCCAGACCAUGACCCUCGUAAAACUGAGCCAGAAGAUCGGUGACGCUCACAACGAAGUCCUCCUCAUGAGCGAUCAGUCUGUCAGAGACUUGAUCGAAAGCGUCCGAGAGCACAUGUUCAGCCUCUUCCGGAUCUGCGAGAGUAUCGCUAUGCUCGACAUGCUCACUGGCUUUGCCCAUCUUGUCUCAAUUCAGAAUUACGUACGACCCAUGAUCGGCGAAUCACUCGCCAUUCGAGCUGGUCGUCAUCCUAUCCGCGAGAAGAUUCACAACACCAAGUUCAUCCCAAACGAUGUGUACGCCACCGAGCAGACCCGCUUCCAGGUCAUCACCGGCUGCAACAUGAGUGGCAAGAGCACCUACAUCCGUUCAAUCGCGCUCAUGACCAUUAUGGCACAGGUUGGUAGCUUCGUGCCAGCCCAAUACGCAGCGUUCCCAAUCAUCCGGCAAUUUUUCGCACGGAUCUCGCUGGAUGACAGUAUCGAAGCCAAUGUCUCUUCCUUCGCAGCGGAAAUGCGGGAGACAGCCUUCAUCCUGCGUAACAUUGAUCCGUCAAGCAUGGUCAUCAUCGACGAGUUGGGUCGAGGCACAAGUACUCGUGAUGGCAUUGCCAUUGCUAUCGCCAUAGCCGAGGCAUUGGUCGAAAGCAAAGCACUCGUCUGGUUCGUCACACACUUUCGCGAUCUGGCGCACAUCAUGUCCGAACGCGCUGGAGUCGUAAGCCUACAUCUUGCAGUCGACAUGAGCGAGCAAGACCGUAUGGAGAUGCUGUAUCGCGUUGCGGCUGGUAUAGUGCAAGAAGAGCACUACGGCCUCAAGCUUGCGAGGGUGGUGCCACUGCCGCGAGAUAUCAUCGAACAUGCUGAGCUUGUUUCGAUGACUCUAGAGAAGGCGAUGCAGAAGAAGAAGCGGGACUCAAUCGGUGUAAUCAAGGCGAGAAGGAGGAAGCUGCUGCUAAAUCUGAAGGAGCAUCUUAAGCAUGCCAAGAAUGGGUCGAUGGAUGAUGAGACGCUGAGGAACUGGUUGAAGGAUUUGCAGAAGGAGUUUAUUGUGAGGAUGACGGCUCUUGAUGAUGAGCUGAAGCAAGCCACGGAGCGUGGACCAGACGAGGAUGGAGGAGAAAGUACGGUUGAAGAGCUCGACGAUGUCGACGACAACAGGACGGCAUCGCAGGGCAAUACUGCAGAGGAGGUGCAGCCGAUGCGGUCUUUCAUUGACCGCAACGGCCUGGAGCAUGUCGACGCCACGACAGAUGCAGAGACUGACACUGGACGAAGUGUCUUCGGCGAUAGCUCAAAUCAGAGGCUCACAACGACAUCAUAA